CCCAGGCCCCGCCCCCUCCGAGCAUCGCCGGGACCGGAGCGGCCGCGGGUCCUGCACAGCCCCCCCAUGAAGGGCGAGCCCCCCCCCAGCAGCACCCUGAGCGUGGGCCAGGCCCGGAAAAUGGUGGAGCAGCUGAAGAUCGAGGCCAGCCUGUGCCGGGUCAAGGUGUCCAAGGCGGCGGCGGAGCUGCUCAGUUACUGCGAGGCGCACGCGUGCGAGGAUCCGCUGCUGACGCCGGUGCCGACCUCGGAGAAUCCCUUCCGCGAGAAGAAAUUCUUCUGCGCGCUCCUCUGACCCCCGAAACCCCGGGGAGUCCCCCCAAAAAUCCCGCGGGACCCCCCCUCACGUUUCGGGCCACCCCUGUGCGAUUUAGGGCCGAAUUCACCCCAAAAAUGAGGCGGAAAUGAGGGGGGUGGGGCAGAAUUUGGGGUUUUUGGGGUCCCCUCUCCCAAGCUGGCACCUCCUCCCCCCUAAAUUGGGGACCCCACCCCAAAAAAAGUCCUGCUCAGAAUUUGGGGGGGUUUGAGGGGGUUUUGGGAGGGUAUGGAGGGGUUUUGAGGGGAUUUUGAGGGGUUUUGGGGGUCUCCCCACCCCAGAAAGGCACCAAGGAUGGACUCGGGGAAGGUUCUGGAAAGGGCGGAGGGGAAGACCCCAAAAAUCACCCCAAAAUUCUCCCCCCCAUCACUCCCCUCCCAAAAUGGGGCCCCCCCCCAAAAUCUUUAGGACACGUCCAAAAAAUUCCCAAAAAUUCCUCCCUCACCUCCCCCACCCCAACCUUGGGGGGUUCCCCUCCCCCAACCACGACCCCUCCCCCCAAUUUCGGCUCUGAGGGGGGGAGGGGCGGUUCAAGGGGGGUUCCCUCAAUUCUGGGGUUCUCCCCCCACCCCAAAUAAACACCUGGCGGCACAGA